AUGAUAUCCAAAAAAUUGACAUAUUGUAAAAAUAAAAUUUCAUAUGUUUAUUUAUUUAUUUUAUCAUUAUUUGUAUUAUUUAGUUUUUAUUUGUUAAUGAAUGAAAAUAAAUUAAAGUUUAAUAAAAAGCUAUUAGAACAACAACAUCAUCAACAUCAUCACGAAUUUGAUGAAGAUUUAACCAAAUCAAUUAUAAUUAAAAGUAGGACACCUGUUUUGGAUAGUCUCAAAGAAAGUAGAUAUUGUGAAGAUAUUGAUUUAAUAUAUACAUGGGUCAACGGCUCAGAUCUAAAACAUAUUGAAAGUAGAAUUUAUUAUCAUAAUUUAGAAAAAAUUCAAAAAAAUGAAAAAUUAAAAAAAUUAAAACAACAAGAUGAAGAAGAAGAUGAAGAAGAAGAAGAAAAUUAUGAUAAUGAAGAGGAAUCACAAAGAUUUAGAGAUUAUGGUAGUUUAAAAUAUUCAUUAAGAAGUGUAAGAAAAUAUGCACCAUGGAUAAAUAAAAUUUAUAUAAUAACUGCUAAUCAAAUACCUUCAUGGUUUAAUCAAUCAAAUAGUGAUAAUGUUAAAUUUAUAUUUCAUGAAAAAUUUUAUAAAAAUAAAAAAGAUUUACCAACAUUUAAUUCGAAUUCAAUUGAAUCGAAUUUUUGGAAUUUACCAAACCAAGUUUCAAAUUGUUUUUUAUAUUCAAAUGAUGAUUUAUUUUUUAGAGAAAAAGUUGAAAUUGAUGAUUUCUUUGAUAAUGAAUAUUAUCAUAAUUUAUUUGAAACUAAUGAAAUUGUGUCAAGUUGGACACCGAAUAUAUCAAGAAAAGAUGUUUGGACUCAAACUUUAGUCAAUACCAAUAGGGUGUUGGAUAGAGUUGGGAAUUCAACAAAGUCAAGAUUUAAUGCACAACAUGGUAUUCAAGUAUUCAAUAAAGAGAUUUGGUCAAUAUUAAGUUUUGAUUUAAAGAAUGAACUUUCAAUUACGUCUAGUAAUAAAUUCAGAAAUUCAAAUGAUAUUCAAAUUCCAUUUGUGUAUAAUCAAUUUGUUAAGAAGUAUUCAAGGAAAUUUAAAAAUAUGAAAUUAAAUAAUCAAUACUUUGCAUUAACAAAUGAAAAUUAUAAAGAAGCUUUAAAUAUUGUAAUUGAAAAUCAAGAACAUUAUAAAACAAUUUGUUUAAAUGAUUUAUUUAAAUUUGAAACUUUUCCAAACUCUCAAAGUCAUUAUUUAAAUAAUCAAAUCAUUAAUGAUAUAUCAAAUUUUUUUGAAUCUUUAUUUCCAUUACCUUCUCCAUAUGAGAAUUAUUAA